AGAAGUUCAUCGUGUACGGGCAGGGAAUGACCCCGCGCGCGCCUACAGUACUGUGCUGUGUAGAGCUCGCUGGCCGAACCGAGGCACUUGCAUGACAGCAUCUGAAGGCUCCCGCAUCUCAAGCCCCCUCAUGCUUGCACGCUCUCGCACGCUCUCGCACCCGCACCCGCACAACCACGCACGCGAGCAUCUCUUGCGGCAUGUAAUCUGUACAAGGGCUCAUAUAGUCACUGCCAGGCUGCCAGGCUGGGCCUACAUCUCAGACUUGUUUGGAAUAAUAUUAACACCUGCCCGCCUCCCCUUCAGACCACGCUUUCCUCCUGGCCCGCCACAUUUUCCAUGGGCUUAUUACCACAUGCUCACAAGCACCCAUUGUGCACAUAGGUCCUCAGGUACUAGAGCGCGCACACACACACACUCUCUCUCUCACACAUAUGUGUAUAACUCCCCGCCGUCGCCAUCCUCCCCUCUGCUCGUCCUACUCUACCUCGUGUUGGCGAGCACUGUGUACUUUGUACGUGCUCCCGGGAUCCACAGUUGUCGCAUGAUCCAGCGCCUGCUCCUGCUCCUGCUCCCGCUCCCGCUCCCGCCGCCGCCCUCGCCGCCGACCCACAUCCGGAUCUUGUCCCCUUGACCCGUCACUGCACGUAUGGCCUGUGACAUAUAGACCUGCGCCCUUUCCCCCCCUUCUCCAUUCGACCUCGCACCACACCAAGCCGCAUAGAUAACGCCCCCGCUGUGCCUCAACCCUCACCGCAUGUUUCAACCUACUGUUGCGGACGUGUAUUAUACUUUGCCCCCCCGCUCACUGCGCCGUACACCACAGCUCUGGUUUUGGCCCAAGUGCGCCUAUUAGCGUCGCAGGCCCGUGUAGCGUCUCGCCCAGCGACUUGGAAACCCGGCUGGCGGGCAGGCUGCAGUAUGCCCGUGUCACUAGCCCUCGCGGCCCCUGCAGCCGUGGCAGCUGCGGCAUACAUCAACGCCAAGGCGCAGGUAUGGUACGACCUGAAGAUGCUCACCUGCGUCUCCCCCGUCGCGCUGGGCAUGUUCUGGCGCGAGCGGACGGGCAGGCUGAGCUUGUUCUACGACCUGGAGUACUACGCCACCAGCCCCAGGACUAGAGACAUGCCCUUCCUCUUGUUUGAGGACAGGCGGUGGACCUUCAAACAGGGCCUAGAGGACACUCUGCGGUAUGGCACCUGGCUGCGGGAGGAACUCGGGGUCAGCAAGGGCGACAUUGUGGCCAUGGACUUCCCAAACAGCGACAUGUUUAUAUUCGUGUGGCUGGGGCUCUGGAGCAUCGGCGCCAAGCCAGCCUUCAUCAACUACAACCUCACUGGCCAGGCACUCGUUCACUGCGUCCGCGCCGCGAACACGAAACUCAUGCUCAUCGACCCGGCCGUGGCAGCCAACGUCGACGAACACGUCCGCAGAGAGCUUGCCGACGUCAGGCUGGAGUUCUUGACCCCUGCGCGCCACAAGGAGAUAUCGGCGACGAGGCCGGUGAGGUUGCCAGACGAGGCGCGAACAGAGGAAGGCAUCGACAAGAUGGCAGUCUUGAUUUACACUUCUGGCACCACGGGGCUGCCCAAGGCCGCUGUCGUCAGUUGGGGCAAGGUUCAUGCUGCGGGAGGUUUCGCGGCCAGGCUCAUCAACGCGCGGCCGGGCGAGAUCUUCUACACGUCCAUGCCACUCUACCACUCGUCAGGCUCUCUUCUCUGCUUCGCCAACUCGCUCCUCAUGGGCGCCACCGUCGCGCUCGGGGCCAAAUUCUCCACACGCACCUUUUGGCGCGAGGUGAGACAGCACAAGGCAACCAUGAUCCAGUACGUCGGGGAAACCCUCCGCUACUUGCUGGCGGCGCCAGUCGAGAUAGACCCGCACACGGGGCAGAACAUGGACAAGCAGCACGCCGUACGCAUCGCACUCGGAAAUGGGCUCAGGCCUGACGUGUGGAACCGGUUCAAGGAGCGGUUUGGCGUGGAGUACAUUGCCGAGUUCUACGGCGCGACCGAGGGCAGCUUCGCGACGUGGAACCUCAGCAGGAACGACUUCAGCAUGGGCGCGGUGGGGCGCAACGGCUGGCUGUACUCGCUGUUUGUCGGCCUCGGGACUGCCAUCGUCGAGGUGGACUUCAGCACUGACCUGCCUGCCCGGGAUCCCAAGACGGGCCUCUGCAAGGCAUCACGGCCCGGCGAGCCAGGCGAGUUCCUGUUCAAGCUUCCGGAGAAGGAGUUGGAGAAGCGCUUCCAGGGGUACUACAACGACAAGGAGGCGACCAACAAGAAGAUCCUGAGGAACGUUUUCAAGCGAGGGGACGCCUGGUUCCGGACGGGAGACGUGAUGCGUUGGGACAGUGAGGGCAGGCUAUACUUCCACGACCGGAUCGGCGACACGUUUCGGUGGAAGGGCGAGAACGUGUCGACGGCGGAGGUUUCGCAGGUGCUGGGGCUGCUCCCGGCGGUGCAUGAGGCGAAUGUGUACGGCGUCCAGCUGCCCCACCACGACGGCCGUGCGGGGUGCGUGGCGCUGAUCCUCAACGAUGGCUUCACAGACACCAAGGACGAGGUGCUGAGGAGGCUCGCGGAACACACGCGCAGGGAGCUCCCCAGGUAUGCCGCCCCGAUCUUCCUGAGGGUCACCAGGCCGGGCAAGAUGGCAACCACGGGGACCAACAAGCAGCAGAAGCACGAUCUGAGGGCGCAAGGGGUGGACCCGGGCCAGAUGGACGGUGAUGAGCUGUACUGGCUCCAACAGGGGAGCUAUGUCCCGUUUACAGAGGCACACUGGGAAGCGCUGAAUGCUGGGAGAGUGAAGUUGUAGGUUCCCAGGCACCUACCUACCGACCUACCUACUUGGCAGGUAGGUACUUGGGUAAUGGACAUGCUGCAAUCACACUGCCAGGGGUUGGUUGGCAUCCUAGCUGUAAUUGUCAGAUCCUGGGGCAUCGCUGAGGUGUGCUGGCACGCACAUUUGUGCCUGGACCUGAGCAGGGUGAGGCACGGAGGGCCAGCCGGGGGACAUUACGGAGUAGCUGUUGAGUGUUGAGGCAGACUCUCUGCCUGCGCGGACAGCUUUGUGAGGGCUGGUUGGUAUAUAUACCUAGGUAUCCGCACAUGUCGGCAUACAUACACAAAUUCAUUUAAGCA